AUGUCUCUCGCCAACCUGAUCAUGAUGCAUCCUCUGAUACCUGAUCUCGAGAAGAAGCUGGACCAAGUCGUCAUCACGGGGGUGGAGAGAAAGAGUGACAGCUCAGUGGUCAUUAUCAACUUUGGUUCCCGCAAAGGGAAAUUCACAGAGAAUUGUGCAAGCUGUCAAGUUCAUUUUGGAGACGAAAUGGAGUGGAAGAAUGACUGGGCUCGCAAUGAAUACUUUGUCAACGCUGCCAAGGACAACAUCGUCCGAUCCGCGAAAGCUGGCUCCGGGAAUUGCCUCCACCAGAAAGUAGUGUACAAACUCUUUGCCAACCUCGCGCAUUAUGAUGCAUCAUCUAAGGCUAUGGAGGAGGUAUUUGUGGAAGAAGAUUUCACCAGUAAUGCCGUUGCAAGAGUGAAGCUGCCUCCGAUGAAUACGCAUAACUUCACAUUUAGCCCUUAUUGGGCCGAUUCUCUCAUUCAUGUUUCUGAGUUCUUGUUGAAUGGGAAACCAGAUGAUGAUGGAGAUGAUGUCUGGAUUAUAACCAGGUUAAGAACCUUUCGUAUGUUGAGCACCCUGCAGUCUGGGACGCAGUAUCAGAGUUAUGCACAUAUACAAAAGGCGACUGAUGAUGGUGCUGCACAUUGCGAUGUCUACAUCUUUGAAGGGAACAAAAUUUUCACCGCCGAUCGGAAAUACCAUCACGGCCAAACCAAUACAUACCACCCCCGAGCGAUCCGACCAGGAUUUGAGGAUACCCAAGCAAGUCAUACAUCAUCACCAUCGUUAUCAGACAUAGUGAAAAGCGGCAGUGAAACAUCAGCUACGUCGAUUGAUGGGGAUGAGGCUGAAGAUGUCGUCACAGUUAUCCUUGCAAGUACAGGGGUUGAUCCAGCUGAUGUUGAACCUUCAACUCAAAUCGCUGAUUUGGGCCUUGAUUCAAUCUUGACAAUUGAAGUGAUUGGUGAGAUUAAGAAGAAACUCGGUAAAGAUCUUCCGGUUUCUUUCUUCAGUCACAACCCCACUGUGGCGGAUGUGCGAAAGGCUCUUGGAAACAAUGAUGCAUCGAUAAUGAAGCCAAAGACAAAUCAAAUGUCAACAGUAGCUACUGCUAAUUCUACACGCAAACUCGCUCAAAGACCUGCCGAUCUCAAUGCUACAGACGUUGUUAUGGAGGUUAUUCUUGACAUGACAGGAAUUGACCCUGCUGAUGUUGAGCCAUUCACUCGUAUUAGCGAUAUGGGCCUCGACUCUAUCUUGACCAUUGAAGUCAUUGGCGAACUCAGAAAUAAAACGGGCAUGGAACUCCCAACGUCUUUCUUCAUACAAAACCCAACAGUUGCAGAUGUAAAGAGGGCACUUGGGCAUCCUGGCGAAUCAAAAGCAAACGCUCCCUCUCAGAAUAGCCCCUUGGUAUCUCGUUAUGGGAGAGUAGAAGGUGAUCCCAGUGCUUCAACGAGGGAUAAGGCGUUGGUUUCCAUCCAUUGCAGCAAUAUUGUAUUAGUCCAAGGCAGGGCAACUUCAGAUAAAAUCCCGCUUUUCCUGAUAGCCGACGGUGGUGGAUCAGCGACGUCGUAUAUGAGCCUUUCGCCUUUAUUCCCAGGUGAUAAUCCAGUAUACGGGUGUGAAUCACCGUUUCUUGACAAUCUGGAGGAUUAUGUCUACACGAUAGAAGAAGUCUCGGACCUUUAUGCUGCUGCCAUCAGAAAAAUACGGCCGCAUGGACCUUAUCUCUUAGCCGGGUGGUCCCUUGGAGCUCUUUUUGCCUUUGAGGUCAGCAAACGGUUCUUGUAUGAUGGAAAUAUUGUCCAAGGCCUUUUUUUUCUUGAUUUCAAGCUUCCUGCACUCAUAGAAGACAAGAAUUGGAUGAUGCCAACGAUGGAGACAGUGGAGAUGAUUGGUAUGGCAAAUGGUGUCAAUGUUCCUGGUAAGGGCAUUUGGGCACCUGCUACUUACAAGGCGAAAUUGCAUUCUCUUCAAUCGCUCAGAGCAACAGCUAAGUACAAAAUGCAACCGAUGAGCCCGGGAUAUUCACCGUUGAAUACCUACGUGGUUUGGGCAGGCCUGGGUCUCGAGACGCUGCUUGAUGCCAUGCUGCUGUGGCUCUUUGGGGCGCGUCAGAAGCAUGAAGAACCGGAUGGAUGGGACGAGGCGACUCGAGGCCCAGUUCACUGCUCGUCGUUGCCUUGCGACCACUUCACUAUGGUUAACAAGCCUUUGGCCGAACAUACCGGAAAGCACCUACAACAACUACUUACCCGGUGUCUGGCUAGUUAG